GUUUCACUUUGGUUCAAACAACAAACUCUAGUAUUCUUCUGAUUUUCGUAUAGUCAUAUUUCGCCUCGCUGAUCUGCUAAUUCAAUCUUCAACCUUUGUUCAAUCAAAUCCGAAAUGGAGGGAGAAAAAGAUGAGAGAGAAAGAUUUAAGCAAGUAUAUCAACAACUGAAGACGGAAUUGCUAAAAGAUCCUGCUUUUGAGUAUGACCAUGUCUCCCGUCAAUGGCUUCAUCAGAUGCUGGAUUAUAACGUUCCUGGAGGAAAAUUGAAUCGGGGGUUGUCUCUAAUUAAAAGCUAUGAAUUAUUAAAUGACGGGAAACAAAUCCCAGAAGAUGGCCUUUUCCGUGCUUCUGUUCUUGGCUGGUGCAUUCAAUGGCUGGUGGGCUGUGUUCUUGUUCUUGAUGAUAUUUUGGAUAAUUCCCACACUAGGCGUGGCCGUCCUUGUUGGUUUAGAUUACCUAAGGUUGGCAUGAUCGCUGUGAACGACGGCAUUCUUCUUUGGAAUCAUAUUAACAGGAUUCUUAGGAUAUACUUUAGGGACCAACCUUACUAUGCAGAUCUCCUUGAUUUAUUCAAUGAGGUAGAGUUCCAGACAACUUGUGGAGAAAUGAUUGAUCUGAUAAGUACACUCGAUGAGGAGAAAGAUUUGUCGAAAUUUACUCCAGCAUUUCAGCGACGUGUCAGCAAGUACAAGACUGCAUAUGGGACAUUUUUUCUCCCAUUUGCAUGUGCUUUGCUCAUGUUAGGUGAGAAGCUGGAUGAUUACAAUGACGUGAAAGACAUCCUUCUUGAGAUGGGCAUCUACUUCCAAGUACAGGAUGAUUAUUUAGACUGCUUUGGUGAUCCUGAAAUGAUUGGCAAGAUUGGAUCAGACAUUGAAGAAUUCAAGUGUUCUUGGUUGGUUGUGAAAGCUUUAGAAGUUAGCAAUGAGGAACAGAAGAAAUUGUUAUAUGAGAAAUAUGGGAAAGCAGACCCGGUAAAUGUUGAUGCAGUGAAGUCCCUCUAUAAAGAUCUCAAUCUUCAGGGCAUCUUUGCUGAAUACGAGAUUGAUAUAUAUGAGAAGCUAACAGCCAGCAUUGAAGCUCUACCGAGCAAAAGCGUGCCAGCAGUGCUGAAGUCUUACUUGGGUAAAAUAUUCAAGAGGCAGAAAUAGACAGAUGCUGAAUUUUGAAUAUACAGUCAUCUUGGCUCUUUUAACUCUCCAGUCCUGCUUUCCGUUGCAGUUCUGUUAGUGACGGGGAGGAGAUGGUAGUCUUGAUUGACCGGUCAUGCCCUGGCAUACCCAUGCAAAGCUGCAUGAUGUGAUCAAUCACACUGCAAAACUGGAAUUAAUCUUCUUAAGGGGUACAUGUUUUGGCUAUUGUGAUAAUUGACUUGAUCAACUAAGAAAACAAAUAAAAACGAACAAACAUUGAGUAGAUUAAGGAAGGGUGAUUAGUCUGAUUACAUUUUAUGAUUAAAUGGUUCAGUCAUGUGAGCCACUUCCAUAGGCAAGGAAAUUUAGUCUUUCCCUUGGCAUUUUCUAUGAAGAGGGUGAUAAAGAAGAGCUUAAACUGUAUCCAAUAGAACUCUCCUUCUGAUCUGAAUUUUUUUGAAUUCACUCAAUGCACUUCCACCAAAUUUCUUUUUUUUUUUUUUUUUUUUUUUUUCUUCUUAAAAAAAUUAAAAGGAAGGGAAACAUCCAAGAGUUUUGUGAAAAAACCCAACACCAUAAUCAGAUUCAUUUUUGGCUUCUUAUAAGAAUUGUGAAAAAACCUUAUAUUUCAUGUUUUAAAUUAGUUGACAUGUUUUGAUUAUUGACACUACUCACAAAGUCUACUUUGACUAGCUUUGUAAUUUGUUGAUUAGAAAAAACAUGAAUAUGUGCAAUCUUUUUCUUUAUGUGUAUUUUCAAUAUAUUGUUUUAUUUCUUUUUUUUUCUUUUAUUCUUUUUAAUUUUUUAAAACUUUCGCCAAAUGAUAAUGAGGGACAUUUAUAUUGAAUGUUUAAAUCUGUACAUUGGCAAAUGUGAUUAAGUAAAAGUGUCAACUAAUUUGGAAUGGAUGAAGUAUAAAACUGUCUCCCAAAUUUUGGCAUUUUAAUAAAGCAAUAAGAAGCCAAAACAUUUUUGGUAUUCUUUCUUGACAAAGUGCUACUGUGUGGGCGUGCUUGGUUAUCCUCUUAUAUAAAAUUUUUUAAUAUAUGUUUAACGGGUGGAUGGAUGGUUAGCGGG